AUGUAUCUAAAUAUAGCACUGGAAGACGAAAAGAGUCGGAAAAUGGAGAGAGCCCCGUCGGAGAUACGAUUACGAUCGCUUGUUGAAUUCACAUCCACCACUGUUCCGAUGGCUACAAACAACCCAGAGGCUCAAGGAUCGUCGGCUCCGGUUAAACCAGCUCUUCGAAAGCCGGUGUUUACUAAGAAGGGACGUGCUGUUUCUCCUAAUCUCCGUAAUGUUCGCAUUGCUGAAUGUCUCGUCGGUGAUGAAACCGGAACCAUUCUCUUCACUGCUCGCAAUGAUCAAGUUGAUCUUAUGAAACCUGGUGCUGGUGUCAUCAUUCGAAAUGGAAAGAUUGACAUGUUCAAGGGCUCGAUGAGGCUUGCUGUUGACAGGUGGGGUCGUAUUGAGGUAACUGAUCCUGUCACAUUUGAAGUUAAAGAGGACAACAAUCUUUCUCUUGUGGAGUAUGAGCUUGUAAGUGUUGCUGAAUAGGUAACCCAUCUUUCUUAUGCUUAAUUAUGCUAAUAGCCUGAUAUACUACGGGUAUGGAUCAGAAUAGAAACAUGGAUCUCUCCGCUUUAUUAUCAAAAACAUAUAACUAUGGUGGGAUCUUGAUUGGGGGAAUGUUUUGGCUAUUCUGUUUAUAUAUUUAUGAUAUAACUAUUAGGUCUUCAUUGCUCUCAUCUCAAUUUACCUUAAGUUUUUCUUUCAAUGUUUUCUGAUGCAAUAGUCGAGUGAUUAAACAAAUAUAAAUCUUGAUUGGAUUGACAAAAGCACGAUCAAUGAACAUGUGAUGGGUUAAUCACUCAAUUCUUUACACCUUUUGUGCACAUAAAAGCAUGCACAUUUAAAUUCAAAGACACUUGCUGUACAUUUUACUAACAGAAUAACAUCAAGGGAGCAAAAGUAAUUACAUUGAGUGACUAUGCAUUAAAAAAAUAUCUGUGCUUGAAUUAUGUUAUACUAAAUCAAUAUGAACAUUUUAUUGAUGAGAAUGCUUUUGGCAAAAAGACUUCACUCUAUCAAGAGCUUCUUCAAGAGAAGAUGGGUCUGCAGCAAAAGUUACACGAAUCCAGUUUUUCAAACCUACAGUAAGUCCUGCAAAACCCAAAAAGAUGCAUAUUUAUUAGGUCGUUAUAAAAUUCAACAAAAUGUUACAAAAGAAUUGUAAUCACCUGGAAGAAGAAUCACGGAUUCCUCUUUGGCUAGCUUGAAACAGAAGUCAAUAUCAUCACUAAUAUCUUUUAAUAAAGAAACAUUCAGUUUAACCUACACAAAACAAAAGAAACAAUUUUAACAAAACUUUAAACCAUUUACCUUUAUAUAUAAAACCAAAGCACCUAAACCCUUACCAUAACAGCCAUAGCUCCUUGUGGUUUUUGUGGGCAUGUCAAACAAGGGAUUUCUUGAAUUUUCCUGAAACAAAUUUCUGAAGUGUUCUUCAAUAUGCUAAGUGUUCUUGUAAAAAACACUUCUUUUGUAUCCUCAAGGAUCCGAGGAACAGCUGCCUGAAACAUUAAAAAUGUUAUCAUUUUUAAAUCUUAAAAACUUAUGAAAAUGGAAGUUAGGUGAAAACUUAAGGUGCACCAUGUGGAAGUUACACAAAGCAUUAAAUGUAGAAAGAGAUAUAAAAGAAGCACCUGAAUAAAGGUUGCUGGACCACCACAUAUAUCAAAGUACUUCUUUAGGCGCUCAAUGUUCUGAGAAAACAAGAAAGAUUAUUUUACAAUUCAAAAUAUUUAUAAUUUAAAAAAUAAAAAAGUUGUUUAUUACCUUAGCAUUCUUGAAGAUUCCAUUAGGAUCAGUUGUAACAAACCACCCAAGCCUCCAACCUGGCACUAUCCAUCUUUUUGACAAUGAACCGAGUGUAAGAAUAGGAACCAUUGACCCAAAAACACCCAUUGGCACAAAAGGGUUUUCCCCAAAAGCUAAAUGCCCAUAAACUUCAUCUGCUAUAACAAGAAUCUUAUGCUUCUUUGCUGUUUCUGCAAUCUAAUAAUAACCUCAAAUCAAUACCUUUAAUGGUGGAAAUCGUGGAAUGAAAUCACAAAUACAUAUGCAUGUUGUAUUUAGUAAUUACCUUUUUUAAAUGUUGAUAAGUGUAGACAUUGCCACAAGGAUUCCCGGGGUUUAUGAUAACAAUUGCAACUGUAUUCUGAUCGACUAAUGCAUUGACUUCAUCCAAGUCAACCUCCCAUCCUUUUUCUGGAAUAAGAUUAAAAUGUCGAAUUUCUACAUUUCUAAAAGCUGCACAAAGUUCAUAAAUUGGGAAUCCUGGUUUUGGAACUAAAAUAUUUGCAUUUGGUUUAGCUAGAAUCGAUAUAGCAACUUCUAUAGCUUGUGUGCAGCCAGCUGUUAUAUAAACAUCAUCAGGGGUUAGUUUAUACGGGAGAUCUUUCGAUAAAUAUUCCGAUAUUGCCCUGAAAGUAAACAUAAAGAAAGAACAAAACUAAGUUUUUUUUUUAAAAAAAAAAAAUUGAAAAAUACUAUGUAAAAGAAAACUUACUUUCGCGUUUGUGGGAGGCCAAUAGUAGGUGAAUAGCCAUUGAAUUUGUGGGAUUCAAGAGUUUGAACUACAGAGUCUUGAACAAGAUCAGUUGUGGUGAAGCAAGAAUAGGCAGUUGGGUCUCCCAUUCCUAAAGAGAUUACUCUCUUCUUGUUCUUUUCAUCAAGACAUGACAUUAAAAUACCCAGAAUACCCUUUAUGGUUAUGUUUGUUGGUGUCUGCAUCUUGAAACUGAUGGGGGUGUACUUGUCUUUGCAACAAUAUAUGCUAUUACUGUACAAGGUAACAGGAUGUAACUUGGGUGUUAUACUUGGUAAAAAGUUAAAGUGUGAUGAGUGUUGACUAUGUUGAUACUACGAGAUAAGCGUAUUGCUAUUUGGUUUAAUUUGAUAUCUUGAU